UUGUUUUCAAAGCGGUUACAAAAAAGUGGGAUCCCAAAAAUGUAUUGUGGGACCCCAUUUUUAUGACUUGAUGGGGUCCCGGGACCCCAUUUUAAAAAUUCCAGGCGCCAACACUGAUGGAGUUUUGGUGCGUGCAAAACGGCAGCAGGCGGCUGGGGUCUGUGGACCGCGUCUAAUACUAAUCAAAUAUCAUCCCGGGGGCCAUGACUUUGACACCCCUGCACUAAAUUAAGCCCAGGUACCACAGUUUGAGAAUCACUGCUUCAGACUAAAAUGUCACAUGACUAUUUGUGGCAUACAUUUAGGCUCGAUUCUUUGUGUUUUCUCUCACAUUUGAUGCAGGGCCUGCGAUAUGGCGGCUCCAGUGGUCAGGUCCUCUGCUGUGCUGCAUGGUGCAGAGGUGUUGAAAGUCUGCAGCUGAGAAGUCAAACAUUCAUACAAAGUGCAGAUGAUGCUGCUGCACCGACUGUUACUUACUUCCUCAAGACAUCAGCAGCUUCACCAUGCACGCCCUGCACUCCGUCACCAAGCUCAGGUCGCACCGUCUUCCUUAUCAAGGUCCAGCAGGUCAGGGUCACCUGGGCCCCCCGGCACCAGACGCAGCUUGCCUCCUGCAUCAGCCGCCAUCGCCCACUCGCAGGAUGGACACUGCACACGUGUGUCCGUCAAGAGAAGGUGUUUGUCCCGUGUGCCUGCAGACAACCUGCUUCCCCGUGCAGACCAACUGUGGACAUUUAUUUUGUGCGCCAUGUUUGAUGGCCUAUUGGAGACACGGCACAUGGUUGGACCCAAUCAGCUGCCCUCUGUGUAGACAAAAGGUCAGCAGCUUGUGUCGUCUGUUCAACAACACCCGAUCGGACCAGCAGACCAAGGCAGUACUUGGGGACAUAACGGACUACAACAAACGCUAUUCUGGAGCGCCAAGACGGAUGAGAGACUACCUGUGUGACACGCCGCUCCUCCUGCAGCUGGUGGUGCGCCACCUGGCCACCAUCGGGGGGCUCGUCUGGCUCUUCUUCCUGCGGGUGGUGCUGUGCUGCGUGGGCGCCGUGGUCUCCGUCUCCACCUCGUCGCUAUCCUCCAGUCCCCUGAAAGCAGAGCCCUCCCUGUGCGGCCUCCUGGGGGUCUUAGAUGACCUGGUGGUGGUCAGCCUGCUGCUCCUCUGCGUCAUCAAUGUCAACCAGCAGAUGGCGCCAGAGAGAGCGCACACUGCGAGCGCGGGGGCAGCCGUGCCUUCGCGUUAGCGUCCUCUAGGGGAGAGAGUUACAAUUUAAACUCAUCAUUUCUCUUAUUUACAUAUUGUUAUUCAUGUUUUAUGUAUGAAAUAAAUAUUUAUUGUU